GCGGCGGCUGCCGCCGGGGGCUCAGGGUGCAUUUAUUUGCAUGCGCGGGCGCGCGCUGUCCGGGCUGGGCGGGUCGAGCGCUGUUUGACUGCCCCGCGGUCCUGAGGCGGAGAGCAGGAGGUGACAAGUGGACGCUAAUGUUUUAUCCUUGGGCAGAAGCAGUGAGGGAGCCGGAGGUGAGGAGGCUGGGCCGUCAGCGACCCGCCAAGACUUGAAGUAGCCGCGGCGGCGUCCGGAGUGGCGCUGGGCUCCCGCGGGGUCCAGCCGCGGCCGGGGAGGAAGUACCGGGCGGAGCGGCCCGCCUCCCUUUGUGUCCAGGGCCAGGGGCCACCGGAGGGCGGCCCGCUGGCCGCGUCUCCCCUCGGCGCCCCGGACUGUGGGGUCUGGCUGUGGGGUGGACGCCCACCUCUCCGCCCCUCUGAGGUCCCAGGAGACCCAGGUGAGGCACUUGUGAGGCGGGGACCUGCCCUGGGGCACAGCGUACUCGGAGAACGUGAAUUCCACGUCGAAAGCCACUUUGCCAUUCCCCUCCACCAGCCUUGAUUCUCCCAGUCUGUCCCCGCAGGGCUGCUCUUCCCAGUAGGACCUCGGUGCCAAAGUUUGGCUCAUGGUUGACAGCUCAGACAGAGAAAAAUUUGAGGGAGAAUGGACGCAAAAUCUCGGAAUUGUUUGCUUCAACAUAAGGAAGCUCUGGAAAAGGACAUCAAGACACCCUACAUCAUGGAUCACAUGGUUGGUGAUGGAGUUUUAACAACAUUGGAGGAGGAAGAAGUAAGAAAUGAGCCUACUCAACAGAAAAGAGCAGCUUUACUAAUUAAAAUGAUACUUAAAAAAGAUAAUUAUUGCUACGUAUCAUUCUAUAAUGCUCUGCUACUUGAAGGAUAUAAAGAUCUUGCUGCCUUUCUCCAAGAUGGCAUUCCUGUUGUCUCUUCUUCCAGUGACAAAGAUUCAGUUGGUGGAAUAACUACAUACGUUAGGACAGUUCUGUGUGAAGGUGGAGUACCACAGAGGCCAGUCGUUUUUGUUACCAGAAAGAAGCUGGUGAAUGCAAUUCAGCAGAAGCUCUUCAAAUUGAAUGGUGAACCGGGAUGGGUCACCAUAUAUGGAAUGGCAGGCUGUGGGAAGUCUGUAUUAGCGGCAGAAGCUGUUCGAGAUCAUUCUCUCUUAGAAGGUUGUUUCCCAAGUGGUGUGCAUUGGGUUUCAGUUGGGAAACAAGACAAAUCUGGGCUUCUGAUGAAACUGCAGAAUCUUUGCGCACGGUUGGAUCAAGAUGAGAGUUUUUCCCAGAGGCUUCCACUUAAUAUUGAAGAGGCUAAAGAUCGUCUCCGCAUUCUUAUGCUUCGCAAAUACCCAAGGUCUCUGUUGAUCUUGGAUGAUGUUUGGGAUCCUUGGGUGUUGAAAGCUUUUGAUAAUCAGUGUCAGAUUCUUCUUACAACCAGAGACAAGAGUGUUACAGAUUCAGUAAUGGGUCCCAAAUAUGUAGUCCCUGUGGAGAGUGGCUUAGGAAAAGAAAAAGGACUUGAAAUUUUAUCCCUUUUUGUUAAUGUGAAGAAAGCAGACUUGCCAGAACAAGCUCAUAGUAUUAUAAAAGAAUGUAAAGGUUCUCCCCUUGUAGUAUCUUUAAUUGGUGCACUUUUACGUGAUUUUCCCAAUCGCUGGGAUUACUACCUCAGACAACUUCAGAAUAAGCAAUUUAAGAGAAUAAGGAAAUCUUCAUCUUAUGAUUAUGAGGCUCUGGAUGAAGCCAUGUCUAUAAGUGUGGAAAUGCUCAGAGAAGACAUCAAAGAUUAUUACACAGAUCUUUCCAUCCUUCAGAAGGAUGUUAAGGUGCCUACAAAGGUGUUAUGUAUUCUCUGGGACAUGGAAACUGAAGAAGUUGAAGACAUACUGCAGGAGUUUGUUAAUAAGUCUCUCUUAUUUUGUGAUCGGAAUGGAAAAUCAUUUCAUUAUUAUUUACAUGAUCUUCAAGUAGAUUUUCUUACAGAGAAGAAUCGCAGUCAGCUUCAGGAUCUACAUAAGAAGAUGAUCACUCAGUUUCAGAGGUAUCACCAACUACAUACUCUUUCACCAGAUCAGGAGGAUUGCAUGUAUUGGUACAACUUUCUGGCCUAUCACAUGGCCAGUGCCAAUAUGCACAAAGAACUGUGUGCCUUAAUGUUUUCCCUGGAUUGGAUUAAAGCAAAAACAGAACUUGUGGGCCCUGCUCAUCUGAUUCAUGAAUUUAUGGAAUACAGGCAUAUACUGGAUAAAAAGGAUUGUGCAGUCUGUGAGAAUUUUCAAGAGUUUUUAUCUUUAAAUGGACACCUUCUUGGACGACAGCCAUUUCCUAAUAUUGUACAACUGGGUCUCUGUGAACCGGAAACUUCAGAAGUUUAUCAGCAAGCUAAGCUGCAGGCCAAGCAGGAGGUCGACAAUGGAAUGCUUUACCUGGAAUGGAUAAACAAAAAAAACAUCAAGAAUCUCUCCCGCUUAGUUGUCCGCCCCCAUACAGAUGCUGUUUACCAUGCCUGCUUUUCUCAGGAUGGCCAGAGAAUAGCUUCUUGUGGAGCUGAUAAAACCUUACAGGUGUUCAAAGCUGAAACAGGAGAGAAACUUCUAGAAAUCAAGGCUCAUGAGGAUGAAGUGCUUUGUUGUGCUUUCUCUGCAGAUGACACGUUUAUAGCAACCUGCUCAGUGGAUAAAAAAGUGAAGAUUUGGAAUUCUAUGACUGGGGAACUAGUACGUAGCUACGAUGAGCACUCAGAGCAAGUCAAUUGCUGCCAUUUCACCAGCAAGAGUCAUCAUCUUCUCUUAGCCACGGGGUCAAGUGACUUCCUCCUCAAACUGUGGGAUUUGAAUCAAAAAGAAUGUCGAAAUACCAUGUUUGGCCAUACAAAUUCAGUCAAUCACUGCAGAUUUUCACCAGAUGAUAAGCUUUUGGCUAGUUGUUCAGCUGAUGGAACAUUAAAGCUUUGGGAUGUAAAAUCAGCAAACGAGAAGAAAAGCAUUAAUGUGAAACAAUUCUUCCUAAAUUCAGAGGACUCCCAAGAGGAUAUGGAAGUGAUAGUGAAAUGUUGUUCAUGGUCUGCUGAUGGUGCUAGGAUAAUGGUGGCCGCAAAAAAUAAAAUUUUUCUUUUUGACAUUCAUACCAGUGGCCUAUUGACAGAAAUCCACACAGGCCAUCACAGCACCAUCCAGUACUGUGACUUCUCCCCGCAUAACCAUUUGGCAGUAGUGGCUUUGUCCCAAUACUGUGUGGAGCUAUGGAAUAUAGAUUCAUGUUUAAAGGUAGCAGAUUGCAGAGGACAUUUAAGUUGGGUUCAUGGUGUGAUGUUUUCUCCUGAUGGAUCAUCAUUUUUGACAUCUUCUGAUGACCAGACAAUCAGGCUCUGGGAGACAAAGAAAGUAUGUAAGAACUAUGAUAUAGUGUUAAAGCAAGAAGUAGAUGUUGUGUUUCAAGAAAAUGGAGUGAUGGUCCUCGCAGUUGACAAUAUAAGACGUCUACAACUCAUUAAUGGAGAAACAGGUCAGAUUGAUUAUCUGACUGAAGCUCAAGUUAGUUGCUGUUGCUUAAGUCCACAUCAUCAGUAUAUUGCAUUUGGAGAUGAAGAAGGAGCCAUUGAGAUUUUAGAACUUCUAAACAACAGAAUCUUCCAGUCCAGAAUUCGGCACAAGAAAGCCGUAAGGCAUAUCCAAUUCACAGCUGAUGGGAAGACUCUUAUUUCAAGUUCUGAUGAUUCUGCAAUUCAGGUGUGGAAUUGGCAAUCAGAGGAGUAUGUCUUUCUGCAAGCCCAUCAGGAAACAGUGAAAAGCUUUAGGCUCUUGAAAAAUUCAAGACUGCUUUCUUGGUCAUUUGAUGGAACAGUGAAGAUAUGGAAUAUUUCUACUGGAAGAAUGGAAAAAGACUUCAUCUGUCAUCAGGGUACGGUACUUUCUUGUGAUAUUUCUCUUGAUGCUACCAAGUUUUCGUCUACCUCUGCUGACAAGACUGCAAAGAUUUGGAGUUUUGAACUGCUUUCCCCUCUUCAUGAGUUGAGGGGCCACAACGGCUGUGUGCGCUGCUCUGCCUUCUCUGUGGACAGUACCCUGCUGGCGACUGGAGAUGACAAUGGAGAAGUCAGGAUAUGGAAUGUCUCCAGUGGUGAGCUUCUCCAUUUGUGUGCUCCGAUUACAGAAGAAGGAGCUACUACCCACGGAGGCUGGGUGACUGACCUUUGUUUUUCUCCAGACAGCAAAAUGCUUGUCUCUGCUGGAGGAUAUCUUAAGUGGUGGAAUGUUAUCACCGGGGAAUGCUCACAGACCUUCUAUACAAAUGGAACCAAUCUUAAGAAAAUACAUGUGUCCACUGACUUCAAAACAUUUGUGACUGUUGAUAAUCUUGGUAUUUUAUAUAUUUUACAGAUUUUAGAGUAAAAUAGUUAAGUAUUAAUACUCCUUGUUUGUCAUUUAUCUGUUGAUUAGAAGACUGAUGUGAAAUAUUCAAACUAAAUCCAUCAACCUUUCUAUCUGUGCUGUAUCAGGUAAGUGUAAAUUCAAUUCUAUCAGAAUUUUCUGAGUGUCUCCUCAGUGUGUCUCUGUGAUGGUUGCUGCCCGGUGUGGCUGGCAUGGAGAAGAUCCUGUAAAAAAGAGAAUUCAUUUAUUUAUUUUUUCAUUCAUUUGUUUAAUAGAUACUUAUUGAGCUCUGUUCUGUGUAUGGCGUUGUUGUAGGUAUCGGGGAUACAGGAGGGAGCAAAAUAAAGUCCUUGUCCUACUGCACUUGGGGGCCAGGGAGAUAGGUGGUGUGUGUAAAUGGGGAGGGGUUCAUUCAGAAGGUGACACUUGAGUACAGACCUGAAGGGUGUAAGGGAGUGAGCUAAUGCAUCUAUCUGGAAACCAUUCUAACGUGAGGGUAUGGCAAGCGCAAAGACUCUGGAGCGGGACAGGCUGGUGUAUCCUGGGACAGCGAGGAGGCUGGCAUGGCUAGAGAAGAGUGAGUGUGGGGAGUCUCACAGGAGAGGUGGGCGAGGGGAAUUGGGGCAGCACUGGGGACUGCCUCCCAGGCCCCAGUGAGGACUCUGGCUUUAUCUGUGAGAUGGGAGUUAGGGUAGGAGUUUGAGCAGUGGUGUGAUCUGAUGUCAGCUUUAACUUAAUCACCCCGGAAUGGGACUGAACUGGGAAUCAAUUGAAAAGGGGACCGAUGAGAAGCUUUUGUAAUAAUCUGGGCAAAACAAGAGGGUGGCAGCAGUAGAGGUUGUGACAAGUUGGAUUCUGGAUAUAUGUUGAAGAUAAGAGUUAACAGGAUUUGCUGAUGGAUGAAGGUGAGAGAGGCAAGAUAAGAAUGAUGCCAAGGUUUUGGCCAGAGCCAGUGGAAGAGCAGAGUUACUAUCAGCUGAGAUGAAGACCAUGAAAGGAGCACGUGUUCAGAUGCAGCAAGCUUAGGAUGCCCAUUAGACAUCCGAGUGGGGAUGUAGGGUAGGUGGGUGGAUAAAAGAGUCUAGAGUUCAUGGGAAAAGGCCACGCUGGAGAUAGAGAUCAGAGUCACCAGUGAGUUGAUGCUAUUUGAAACCACAGGACCGGAUGAAAUCAGCAGUGAAGUAGGUGUAGAUAGAAAAGACAGGAGGCCUCAAGACUAAGUCCAGGGCAGUCUGGAGGUUAGUGGGAUGAACCAGCACAGGAGAUUGAAGAGGACCAGCAAAGACUAAAAAUAACAGUUUAGUGUGGUGAGUGCGUGCAGCCGGCGUGGGUUCCUUAACUCAAUGUCAUCUUGGGCAGAUUGCUUUAUCAGUUUGUCCACCCCCCCAUCUGUCCUAUGUGAGCAUUUAGUGUGUACCAGGUGCUGUUUUAAGCAGUAGACAAAAUAAUAAGUAAAUAACGUUUUAGCUGUUAGGAGAAUAUGGGGUCAACAGGUAAGAAGACAAUAAGCCGAUAGCAGCAGUUGUCUUAUCUGUGAAAUGAGGGUCUGUCCCUCCCUCAGGGUUGUUGUGGGAUUUAAUGAGAUAUUGUUAUCUCACUGCCUGCAGUGCCUGCACCAAGACAGUGCUCAGCGAUCCGUGGUGUCAUUUGGGCUCCCUCAUCUUUGCCUGGCGACAGCCCCAACUGCCAUCUCUGCCUUUAGUCAUGCCCCUCUGCGUGAUCCUUCCAGAGUGUUCAUCUGAAUCAUGUUUAACGUCUCUGUUUAAACUUUAACCGUGUUUACACUCCUCUGUUUCAAACCCUGGACCUGCUCUGUGUUUGCUUCUGGAGCUGAGUGUGCGCGGUUCUCUCUUCCACACUGCCCCUCCACCUUCAUCAGUUUUCUUUGCCCCCAACUCCUUACCCUUCACGUAUUCUUUCAGACCACCCUCAAAGGCUGAAGUUCUGGCAGGGCCUCUCCUAGCACUCUCUUUUGUCUUGGAAUUGCUUGUUUACUUAUGGGGUCCCCAGUAGAUCUAAGCUCCUUGGAAGCUGGAUCUGUGCCAGAGUCACGCAUGAGCCUGACACGUGGUUAGCACCUCAGGAAACACUUGUUGGGUGACUGAAUUCCUAUAAGCCCGUGCGCUCCUCGCGCAUUCUGUGUUACUGUGAGGCUGUCAGAUGAAGAGGUAGCAUACACCAGCAUUUUCUCUACCUUCCUGUUUUAGUUUGGCAUUUUACUGUGAAACAUCACUAGGGAAAAGUAAAACUUGACUUGGAUAAAAGAGGUUUGCUACCAAAUUAUGUGAAAUGAAUAAACACAUCCCUGAAAUGUUUUAGUCAGCAAGUAUGUCCAUCUAUUAUUCAACAAACGUUUUAUAUUAUAAUUUACUUACUGACUUUUACAGAAGGAGAAAAUGAUAUUGUCAUAAUUCUUAGUCUCUGAAGAUUGUCACUGGCACAGAGUCUUUGCUCAUAAUUCCUCCCCUUAGGGCUGCGGAUAUACUAUACAGUUAUUAAAAUGCCCGCAUUAGAUCAUCAGCUGCUCUUGGGCUAUGAGUUUAACUAUAAAAGAAUUAUUGUGUAUGUUCCACAUGGAAGGGGCAGAAGAAGUGGGUCAGACACCGGCCCCUCAGAGACCAGGCCUUUGUAGUCGUUUGGCAUCCACAGUUACUUGCUCCUGAGUCAGAUGAAGUUGUAAGAAGACCAGAACUUGGGAAAUUUUCAUUUCAAUUAUGAUUCAGGAGAAUGAGUUGCCGCUGUUUAUUGUAAAUUCAUUUAUGAGGUCAGGCCCCCAGAACUGGGAAUAUUGCUUAUCAUAUGGAAAUGAAUAGAAAAUCUGCCUCUGUAAUUUCCCAUGACCCAGAGCUAGAAUAUGUAAGUAGAGAGGGCAUUCGAGGCCUGCGUUUGGGGCCGGUGGUUCUGAGCAACUCAUCAAACUGGAAAAUACUCAGCAGGUAGUGGAGACUCCUGCUUAGUACCAAGGUGGCUGUUCUGAGAAGUGAGAGCAAACGUCCACAGUCAUGCAUUCAGAUACUUAGUGCCUGUCUACUCUGGGCACUGCCCAGCCCUCAUUUUGUCUUCACAGUAGUUGAGUGGAUUUGCAGACUAUGCAUCUCCAGUUUUUAGAGGAAGAACCAAACUGCAGACAGCUAAUCUGUGACAAAGCUGGGGCUAGAAUCCAUAUGUGAUUUUCUUUAUAGAAAGGCCCAGACUCACUGGGCUGUAAGUCGAGUGUCAGUUACAGUUGGAAGUAGAAUACUCCUGGGUUUAGUGGCAGAGGAACUCCAGUCUAGGGGUCACGAGGCUUGGGCUUUAGCAGCUGGGGAAGAUCAUUCAUUAGCUUAUGUGAUGAGUUUGGAGAUGUUCUCAUUUCUAAUUCACUUUGAAUUAGCAGUGAUUCUGAACCUGUCACCUUGAGUUUAUUGCCCUAUUCUCUGUCAACUAACUUUCUGAGACGUAUCCUUUUUAGGAGGAAGGAAGGGAAGCUACUGUUUGAAGGCCUUUUAUGUGCCACGCCCUGGGCCAGGCACUUCCCAUACAUUAUUUAAUUGAAUCCACACAACAGUGCUGCAAGAUGUUAUCGCUCUUUUGUAGGUGUGGAAACAGGUGCAGAAAGGUUAAGUCACUGAGGCCCCACAGCCAAGUGGUGGAGCUGGGUUUUCGGUCCACAGCCAUCUGCUCCUCUGGGUAACACUGCCUGUACCUCGCCACUGAAGCCCCUGGGCUGGAGGCUCCAGCAGCAUCAUCUCAGCUCUGCAUUUCACUCAUUCAUUACUCAUUUCACGCAUUCACUUCAUGCAUAUGAUGCAUGCGUCAGCACUGAGCUCUCAGAGAAGAUACCAGACGCUGUCUCUGCUCCUGAAGAGCUUCUACUUUUGGUAUCUGAUUAACCCAUCUCUGUGCCUACAGAUUGCUCUUUGGAAAAAGCAGCUGGAGCCAUUCUGAUGGGAGCCAGUGGACGGCAGGGGUCGGGGGAUGCAUUGGAUUUGCCAGUACUUGGGGCCACUGCCCAGGCUGCUCUCAAUUCUCAGACGAUGCAAGCACUGAGCAGGGAAGGUGGCAGCCCUACUGUCACCUUGCCCUUUGCAGGAGCUUGUUUCUACGUUGAAAGUCUUAAGGGGCUCAUUUCAAAUUAGUGUCAGGCCCAGGGUCAGUGGAUCCGUGAGCUUGAGGAGUUCAAGACUAGCCUGAGAAACAUAGUGAGAGCCCCCAUCUCUACAAAAACUAGAAAAAUUAGC